GAGUCUAGCUCUGUGUUUGAAUGGGGCCAGCGGCAUCAGGGUCCGAGCCAAGACCCAGGAGACAAGCCUACCAGGCAGGUGGAGCACCAGCUGAGCUGUGAGACAGAAUGGGACAUGGUUCACACUGUUCAGUUCAGGAAGAAAUCCAGCAACCAUGAAGGUGCUCCUCCUCAACCCGCUCCCAUCCCAGAGAAGAGUAAGGGUUCCCGGCUGUUCUUCCGUCUCAGUGACCUGGCCUCGGUCAGGGUGAAGGAGGAGGGCUGGUCCUACCUGGUGUUCACCCUCAGAGACCACAACAUGGGGGUUGAGCUGCCUGCCCUACACUUUCACCAGGGAGGUAGUGAAGUCUUCCUGGACUGUCUCAGGAAGUACAUGCUGCUGACAGA